UUAACCACCUCCACCAAAAAAAUAAAAUAAAAUUUUGUUUUAUGUCUUAAACCAUUAUUGAAUACAAUUAAACUGUAUAUUUUUAGGUUAACUUUGAAUUUAGCUUCGAGCUGAAAUGGCUCAUAACCGAGUUGUGCAAUGGAAUACAAUGGCAAGGACAUGGUGGCUGUUUGAUGCCAAAUAUCAGUGUCCAUUAAGAUCAGCAGAAAAGAUAUGCAUGUACCUAGAGGGUAGACAUAAACCUGUUUACCAUCCAUUAUCUGAUGUUGGUGACCAUGUUGUUGUGAUAAAUACGAGACAUGUAGCUAUGGUAGAUGAUCUGUGGAGAAAACAUCAUUAUGAACAUGACACUAGAUAUGCACGUGGAAAAUCAAAAACUACAGCUUGGAAAUUACAUGAGGCUGAUCCAACUAAAAUAAUAUAUAAAUCUGUAUUCCGUGCUGGUCCUAAGAAUUUAUUACGUCCUAAUCUGAUGAGACGGUUACAUUUAUAUCCUGAUGAGGAUGUUCCAGAAGAUAUUCUAGGAAAUAUAAGUGAUGUAAUAAGACAGAUACAAGUGGUACCUAAAACAUUUGAAGAUUAUACUGAUGAAGAACGAGAAGCUUUUCCUAAACUAUUUGACUGGCCAGAAGAUCAUGUAUUAUUUAAACGUAAAACAUUAGAAGAACAAUUAAAAGAGAUUGAGAAAGAACAACUAGCAGAAGAGGCAAAGAAAAAGAAAUGAGAGAUAAUGUGUUCAUUUUGUGUGGCUGCAGCUGGAUAAUUGUUUGUGAUGUGAGAAACAGUACGGGGGUUACUUGAGUAAAUAUUAUUGCUCUGACCCCUUUAUUUAGCUAUUUAACUAAAGUGAUAUGAAAGAAAUUUUAUAUUGAGUGUUUUGCGAUUGUUAUUUUCAACAAUUGAAUAAUAAUAAUAAUAAUGAAAUAAAAUUUACUUAUUUUUAGCUUGAAGAAUUUGAGCUAUUA